UCCAAGCGCGGGUUCCAUUCGAUUCUCCAUCUUCUCUGAAAUCUGAGCAGAAUGCGUACUUCUCCAGCCUCUGAGAUGUCUCCUUUCAGCGCCUUUACUUGCAAUUUGCAAACGAAUCGCAGUGGCGCUACAAUGCGUACUUCUCCAACCUUUGAGAAUUACGAACAUCAAUCGAAGUCGAAGCGAAAUUGGAUAUGGAAUUAUGGAUUAUGGACCGAAAGCAAGCGACGAUUUCAGUUCAGAGGCGCCGGAACACUUUCGUAUUCUCUCCAAUGACAGGUCAUAAAUUGCAUUCAUAUUCCCUCUCUGAUUUUGGAUGGUGUAAAUGGAAAACUAGCUACCUUUUUCCGAGAUUGCUUCGUCUCGAUCGACAAUUCCAAGAGUUCUAACCAGUGGGUUGAAAAUUGAAACAGAGAAGUCAGAUCUUCGAAAUGAUCUGUUGGAUUGUUCAAUCAAACCUCAGAGGAGAUGCCUCCCCUUCUAACAAAUGCGAACAGAAUAUCGAUGAAGCUUCAGAUGAAAUCGCUACUAGGAUCGAUUCCUCAAGCCUCAAGGUGAUGCUUGUAUUCUCAUAAAAUAUUGAAAGCCGUUAACAUUCCGUGAUGAAAUCAUUGAAGCUUCCCCUUCCGCGAUGAAAUCUCUGAAAUCGCUGAAGCGGUUUUUUCUCCGAUGAUUAUGGAGAAUUCUCCAAAAAGAUAGUGAUUUUAGUGAUUUUCCAUCUCUGAACAUUGUUUCAGUCCAAAGUCCAAACUACCAAUUUAACCCUAAAAUUAAAAAACCAUGUGAAUUAUAACUUUGAUUAUAACUGAUUUUGUCACCUAAUUGUGACAAAUCAAACGGACCCAAAUUUGAAAAACUCCUCCAAGGAAGGAUUUAUCCAUUUCGACCUCAUCAAUUAAAGUAAGCCAGGGUGGCAUAAGUAUCUGUCGUUAACCGUCUUGACCGCUGGGGCUCUCGUUGUUUCCGAAUUUUCCAUGUAGUAGAAACCCUGGUAAGAGCGAAGAAAAAAUUCAGGAAAAAAUAGGAAAUUCGUCAAAGGAAACAGAAAAUUUGUCACCACCAGACUCAACCGACCAACCGCUCUGGCCUCCCUGUGUUUGUCAGUCAUCGUCUCUCUUACCUGAAUACGUUAUCGUUAUUCCUUCCACAAUCGAUCUCCAACCACCACCGCCACCACCACCACCUCCCUCCCUAGAUUGGGUCGAACUGUCUCCUGCAGGCUUUGCAGGAACACAGAUGAUAGAAAGAUAUUACGAAACAAAACUAGAAUUUCAAUCAAGGAAUCUAGGAGAUUCUAAUAUUUUUAUUUAGGAUAGGAUCCUUGACGUUACCCCUUCUCUGCAACAACUACUUCUCCAUCGGUCCUCUCCUUCAGCAAUAGCAGAACCCCAUUGCAGCAGCAAUGGCGGUUUCUGCUGAAAAGAAAGGUGCCUCUCUUCUCUCUGAUAUUCUUUCAUUAAUUUUAGGGGCAAUUUGUUAUGCAUUUUAGUGGAUUAUUUGUUUGAAACAAAAAAUUGGAGAGAAACUAAAAUUUUAUAUAUUUAAAAAUUGUUAUUUGUGAGUUGUGGAGAAACUGAAACAUGUAUAAAUAUGAAAAUGUGGUAUUUGUUUGAAACAAGGACUUGCAUAGAAACUGAAAAUGUGUUAUUUAUUUGAAACAAGUACCUGAAGAGAAACUACAACAUGUAUUAAUUUGAAAAUUUUGGUAUUUGUUUGAAACAAAAAUUUUCAGAGAAACAAAAACAUGUAUAAAUCUCUCUCUCAACUGUACUUCGAAUCCAGGAACAAAAACAAAAAAAAUUGGAAAAUCCAUUUUAGUUUUGGGGUUUUUUUGUGGGUUCUGCUGUAAACACAGCACCUUCUAGGCAGAAAAAGUAUGAAUGUCAUGAUAGAAAAAAACCUAAUCAAUCUCAGUAUUCCUUCGUCCUUGUCCAAUUUUGUAGAACUAAUUAUAGCAGAAGAGGUGAAUGAUUGUCCAAUCGAAGAAGUUCGGCUAACUGUUCCAAUCAGUGACGACCCAACAAUGCCGACUUUAACGUUUCGAACAUGGGUGUUGGGGGUACUGUCUUGCAUGUUGCUUUCCUUCAUAAACCAGUUUUACCGGUUCAGGCAGAACCCAGUGAGCAUCGGAUCCAUCUCUCUUCAACUGGCAAUUCUUCCGGUGGGAAAGCUGAUGGCUGCGGCGUUGCCAGUGAAAACUGUGAGGGUUCCAAUGAUGGGAGGCUGGUCAUUCUCGUUGAACCCUGGGCCAUUCAACAUGAAGGAGCACGUCCUCAUCACCAUCUUUGCAAACGUUGGAAGCGGUGGUGUCUAUGCAAUCCAUGUUGUCACCAUCCUUAAAACUUUCUACAAGCAGGACAUCAAACCCAUCAUUGCCAUAUUGCUAACCCUAACUACCCAGAUACUUGGAUAUGGUUGGGCUGGUCUCUUUCGAAAGUUCCUGGUUGAUUCACCCUACAUGUGGUGGCCAGCCACCCUCGUUCAGGUGUCCCUGUUCAGGGCUCUCCAUGAGAAAGAAAUAAGGUUAAAGGGUAGAUUGUCAAGAUUUCAAUUCUUCAUCAUUGGCCUCGGCUCAUGCUUUGCUUACUCAAUUUUCCCAGCUUAUCUCUUCCCUUCAUUAACUGCUCUCUCAGUCGUAUGUUGGAUAUGGCCUAAGUCAAUCACAGCCCAACAACUUGGUGCAGGCGUACAAGGGCUUGGUCUUGGAUCGAUUGCGCUCGACUGGAAUGUAGUAACUGCCUUUUUGGGUAGUCCACUGUCCUACCCACCAUACUCCAUUAUAUGCUCGCUUUUUGGUGCUUUCCUCGCACUUUAUGUUUUAAUCCCGUUUGCUUAUUGGAGCAAUUCCUUCGAGGCUAAGCGGUUUCCCAUAUUCUCCAGUGGGACAUUUGAUGAAUAUGGUAACAGCUACAAUGUUACAAGGAUCUUGAACUCAAAGACUUUCGAUUUCAAUCAACAUGCUUAUGAUAACUACAGUAAGGUCUACGUCAGUGUUGCUUUUGCAUUUACUUAUGGUGCGAGCUUUGCAACAUUAGCAGCAAGUCUCUCCCAUGUAGCCCUUUUUGAUGGAAGAUCAAUUUGGCGACAAAUGAAGUCAGGCAUAAAAGAUAAGAGUGGAGAUGUCUACAACAGGAUAAUGAAGAAGUAUGAUUCAGUCCCUCAAUGGUGGUUUUGUGCAAUCUUUGUAUCAGUGCUUGGACUAUCUAUUUUCACAUGCGAAGGUUUUGAUAAAAAACUACAACUUCCUUUUUGGGGGAUCCUACUAGCCAUUGCUGUGGGUCUAGUUUUCACAUUGCCUAUUGGUAUAAUAACAGCAACUACAAACCAACAACCUGGUCUGAAUGUCAUCACAGAGCUAAUUAUUGGCUAUCUUUAUCCGGGAAGACCCAUUGCCAAUGUGGCUUUCAAGACCUACGGUUAUAUAAGUAUGGUGCAAGCAAUAUUUUUCCUCUCAGAUUUAAAGCUGGGACACUACAUGAAGAUCCCUCCUAGGUCCAUGUUCCUAGUUCAGAUGGUCGGGACAUUGAUCAACAACAUGACCCAGUUCGGCACAGCAUGGUGGCUUCUACAUCGUGUAGAUAAUAUUUGUGAUCCUAGUAACUUGCCAAAGGGAAGUCCAUGGACAUGCCCAGGUGACCAUGUAUUCUACAGUGCUUCCAUUAUAUGGGGAGUGGUUGGUCCACUUCGCAUGUUUGGGAAGCUUGGUGUGUAUGUGAAGUUGAAUUGGUUCUUCCUUAUUGGUUUUUUUUCACCAGUGCCAGUUUGGUGGUUAAGUCGCAAGUUUCCACAAUACAAAUGGAUUAGACUCAUCCACAUGCCCCUCAUCUUCUACAAUGCUUCCUCCUUUCCAGAGGCUAAGGCUGUUAACUAUUGGACUUGGGGUGUAGUUGGCAUCUUCUUCAAUGUUUUCGUGUAUCGGAGGUACAGAGGGUGGUGGGCUAGGCACAAUUAUGUUCUCUCAGCAGCCUUAGAUGCAGGGGUUGCUUUCAUGUCCAUCCUUAUCUAUUUCGUUCUAGAAAUGAAUGGUAUCUCUGGUCCAGAUUGGUGGGGUUCAGAUGAAGGUGAUCAUUGCCUUUUAGCAUCUUGUCCUACACAUCCAAGGAUUAAGGUUGAUGGAUGCCCAUCUGUAACAUGAGAUUUUUCUCUUUUUCUUUUUCCCUUUUUUCGAGAAAAGUUCGUCUAAGCGAGCAGCUCGGAAAGGAAUCUCCAAGCAGCCGCUGCAAUUUUGCCACGUGGAAGAGGAUAUGAUAAUUCUGACCGCGGGAUGGGUAUCUAGAGAGUGGUAUCGAUUGAAAGGUUACCAAAUUUUCAGAACCUAUUUCAAUCAAAUGCCCUCCUAUAUGUCAGCAUCAUCCCAAUAUUUUUCCAUGCAAGACUACUGUUACUCUGACAAUAACUGUGUACAGUUUGGAUUUUUGGAAACCAGUAUUUAGCCACCUGGAAAAUCCCCAUUGGGUUGAAACAUUCAGAUGUGAGCAACGGAAUUAGGGUCUACUUGUCGAUAAAUUUUGAGGCCCACCUGUUUUCCCACUUGGCUGGUCUCUAGCUGCCUGCAUAGAGAACCAUCUCCUCCCCUUUUUUUCCCCCUCUUACUUGUAUUUUUGUAAAGGAUACAGUAUACUUGAUCUAGUUUUAGGCAAAAUGUUCCUCAAAUAGUUGAUAUCAAUGGAUAGGGAUUGAUAUGAAUCUUAUGCA